AUUGAAAUCUGUCAAUCAAAUUGUACAGCAGAUUUUCGGAAGAGGCGUUCAUUAUUUUACGUUUUUUGCGUAAAGCACAGUGAUUUAAUAAUUAAAAAUGCUUGCUAUAAUCAAUCGUAUCCUUGAUUGGAUUAAAAGCUUGUUCUGGAAGGAGGAGAUGGAGCUAACACUGGUUGGAUUGCAAUACUCGGGGAAAACAACUUUUGUUAACGUCAUUGCCUCUGGUCAGUUCAGCGAAGACAUGAUACCAACAGUUGGCUUCAACAUGCGCAAAAUCACUAAAGGAAAUGUCACUAUUAAGGUUUGGGAUAUUGGAGGUCAGCCCCGUUUCCGUUCCAUGUGGGAGAGGUAUUGCCGAGGCGUAAAUGCUAUUGUCUACAUGGUGGACGCGGCGGACCCCGACAAGAUCGAGGCGUCCCGCAACGAGCUGCACUCGCUGCUGGAGAAGCAGCAGCUCACCGGCAUCCCCGUGCUGGUGCUGGGCAACAAGCGCGACCUGCCGCACGCGCUCGACGAACACGGACUCAUCGAGAGGAUGAACCUGUCAGCUAUCCAAGACCGCGAGAUAUGCUGCUACUCCAUCUCGUGCAAAGAGAAAGACAACAUCGACAUCACGCUACAGUGGCUCAUCACGCACAGUAAGUCUGGUAGCGCGCGUUAAUCGCACACAAUUAUCAACUCUAUGUGCAAGUCAUCUUUACCACUUAAGGCGCAGUUUUGCCUGCAAUUUCAUUUGAAGGCCUUGAGUUUGUGUUAUUUUAGAGUCAUUCCAAUAGAUCUUACAGCGGGCAUAGACACUCGAAACGUUUUUUAUACAUUGGCCGCAAACGAAAUCAUUGUGACUUUAAAAAAUAUUUGUUUUUAAAUAAGGCUGUGACAAGAAUGAAUUUAUCUAUUUUUAUGUUUAAUGCACUUGUACGUCUAUGUCUCGUGAUGAGGCACGUCUUUGUGAAUUUAUCGACCUUUGUCAUAACUGAUCUGAGGACUAAUUCGGAUGCCCUCCAUUAUAAACAGUUUCAUGCAAGUCAGAUGUUACUACGGCUAAUUUAUUCACGCUGUAGUUACCCUGCGACAUACGGGUACAAUAAAAUUUGCCUGAUAUGCUAUCACCAGCAAAGGAAAAUCGCUUUUAUGUCUUAACUUUAAGAUUCAUAAUAUCAUUAACAGCAAAAUAGUAUGUGAAUAUCUUCGUAUAUACUCUGGCUUGUGUUAUUCCGAAUUUGGUUUAUAGAAGGACAGAAGAUAAUACUAAAAGUUUUCGGAGGCUCUCUCAUAGACACCAUGAACUCGUGAUAACAUUCCCAAAUUUGAAAUUCUAUAAUCGUUAAUACUGCGCCUUAGGAAUUGUGUGUUGAAGAGAUGAUCUUGUUGCAUUAUGUAAAUUGCGACUAAAAUGGUAUUAGAAUGCUUUAUCACAAUGAAUGUGACGUAGACUAUACCAUUUUAUAAAUAAAACAAAAAGUGUCGCUUUCGAGGCAAUAAAAAAAUUAAAAUAAAUCUUUAAAAUUGGAUUAAGCCAAAGUUAGUUUGCUGUGAAUCUGUUUUAACUUUCGCAAGUUAUGAUUUCUUGCAUUCGUGCAAGACUGCCUCGAAGCCUUGCUACUACGCGUUUAACCUUGCCUCCGCAGUGUAGCGCGUUAUUCAUUGUGAUCAAAGCAAUUCCAUGUCAUUCGAAUCGUGAUAUAAACUUAGCUUGAGUUAUGCACUCUCUAAAACAAUUGAUGUGGUAUAUUAUCUUGUCACAAUACAAUCAUUGGCUUCAAUUAGUUUUCAUUGUUUGAAAAUGGUGCCAAGCUGUAAUUUUGUUUGUUAUAAUUAUCUGAUUAUUUACAUUAAAUAUUUAUUGACACACAAUAAGCCUUUAUAUGUGAAAAGAUAAUGUCACAUUAGAAACGUAUACACACAUCUAAAAUAUAGUUCCUCCAAGAUAUGUUAUCACGUCCAUUUUGAUAGGACUAGUUUUUUUGAUAUCACAGAGAAUGCUGAAAUUACACCAAUAGUGUAUUACAUUAGAUUUGUAGAAACUGGAACAGGACAUAUCAAUUGUUUCAGGCUUUAUUCAUGUAAAAUUGACUAAACUUUAAACGUCGAGGACACUAUAUUUUAGAUGCUAGUACUAUCAUACUAGAGUAUUUAGAUUCCUUAAUAAUAUUAGCGUUAUAUAUAUUAUAAAUAAAUAUACUUAUCACAUAUUGUUAGCUAAAAAAAUAAGUUUAAAUGUAUCUAGUGUGCGAGUUGUUUUGUUUGAUGUAUUGUUAGAAAACUGUAUAUAAGAAAACAGGAAUACAAACUUAUUUAUAUUCAGAAUUAUAUGAAACAAAAGUAUUUUUUUAUUAUUGAUUUGUUUUACCAACAUUUUCAUUAAAACAUACGAAAAUGCUGAUUUGUUUAUAUGGGUUGUGCGUUUCGCGCGUGCGAGCUCUUUACGAACGUUCGAACUGUGGAAGCGAGAAAGUGAUAUGUUCCGUCUCGCUUGUACCGAUUAUAUGCGUCGUAUGGCUUCCAUAAUUCGACCUGAGCUUGAAGGGGUGUACUUCAAGCUAAAAAUUAAAUGCUUCCCAGUUAAAAAUGUUAUAAAACAAUAAUAAUUUAUGGAUAAAACAAAUUCCUAUUUAUUUGAAUCAAAUUCACUCGCACACUAGCAAUGUUUUGUCGAAUAUAGAAAGUCACUAGAUGUGUAAUUAAUUGAAACUAAAAAACUACCCGCUUCGACUGCACAUUAUGUUUAUAUAAACGUUUAUAAAUAGUUAUUAUAUAUUGUAAUAUACAUAGAUUCGACGAUCAAGGAGAGAGUUUAUUCUUUGGCGCUGGUUGACGUAGAACUUAUAGGAUAUUAAACUAUCGAUUAAUUAUUAUGAAGUGUUUGUUUUUAUUCUAAUGAUGGCGCUGAUUCUCGUAAACACAAACUAAAACCCUCAUAAAUAAAAAAGAGAGGCACACUUAGAUGGCAAAAUUAUAAUCGCGUAUAAAUUAAGGCAACUUGCCUUCAGCCCUGAUACAUACCUAUUGGUUUCUAUCUAUCGUUGUCCUAUUUCUCCAUUGUACGUGAAGAAAAUAUAGCAACAGUAAUUAUAGUUAAGUUCGUGAACUACAGAAUCUCCGCCAAUGCUUAACCAAACUCCAGCUGUAACGCAACACUAGCGCCAUUGACAAGUGGUGUGUUCUGUAACUACAAUAAGGCAACCCAUGGAUAGUGGGGGUUAGUUAACACAGACUGAGUAUUAUCGAGUGAAUCGAUGAGAUUAUCUCAAAUAGUUUUUUCAUUUAAUUGUUUUACCUAAUUGAUGUUAACUUUUUAGAAACAAUUAUAUUAUCGAUGAAUUUCAUUAUUGGACAACAAACAUUACAGUUUUGAGUUGGUUUUCUUUUUAUUGCUCCCGUGGUUAGUCAAAACAGCCUUGGCUGCAUUUUCUGACCUCUUUAGUUAGAUAAACAGACAGUUUCUAGAAGUCUGAUAACAAAUAUACUGAUCGCCGACUGACACAGGGGCUCAUUGAUUGCUUGUCUGCUGAUUAAAAAUCACCGUAGAUGUGACAAGUUUAAUUGAUCGGCUUUUAAGAAACUGUUAAUACAGUCAUUACUUGCAAUUAAUAUUACUAAGUUUAUUGAUUAGGUCUAGAAUCUGACUGUAGCUCUUUAUAUGUAAUUUAUCAAUUAUUUAUAAAUAAAUUGCGUCAGCACAAACAAGGAUAUUAUACUCCAAUUUAUUCAUAGAACUGUGAGUGAAGGCAAUUUUUACUGCAGAAUAUUUCCAAAAUGAUUAAAUUAUUUGAGGUAUUUGUACAACAAUUAUUAUUUUAUGUAAUGGUGCGUUUAUAUUGUAUGGCUGUAACUUAUCUUUUUUCUAUAAAUUAAUAUAACACGCAGAUGUAACAAUUGUUAAGGUGUCUUUAUUUUUAAUUAGCCUUUAAAAGUGUUUAUCACUUGUUUGCUCAGUUACACAGUCGUAACGUGUUGGUCGGUAAUAUCUACUACCAACCUUGGAAUAUACUACGCAUAAGGGUUUGUAACAAUGGCGUCACUUUUCACGAAUAAAAUUGUAACCUGAAUUGUCAUUUUAGAAUAACGAGGCUGACUUAAGGUUGGUUUGUUAAUGUAGAUUGUUUAGAAAUGUUGAAUCGUAGUUUCCGAACAAAUAUUUAAUAAUAAUUAAAGUCCUGUUACAGAAUACCUUUUCAGUUUGUGGCGGCGUGAAGCUGCAAAGUUGUCUUCGAUAGCGCCUUGAAAGAAGUACCGUGACACGGGGCGAAUAGGAUUAGGUGGGGGUAAAUCGAAUGUAAUGACUUCCAAAGUUGUACAGUAUAAACGUAUAGUUUAUUAUUGCUUUUGACUGUCUCGUAAAUUAUUUCAGAGCUAUUUUCAUUUUAAAUAAAAAUCCGUAAACACCGAACAUAUUUACAAAAUCCGUCACAAUUUACCCCGCCAAUCCUAUUCUCCCCGUUUUACCGAUAACAAGCUUUAAAGAACCAAUUUUGUUUGUAUACGUAGACAGUUAGUUCCAGUUAUACAGCAUAAAACAAUUGAAUGGUAAACUAAAAGACGGUAUCUGGAAGUCUAUUCUGAGACAGACCCUCUCGUCAAGUGAUAUAAAUCAAAAGAAAACGCUCAAAUCUGUGAAGGUGGUAGGUAUAAGCCGCGUGAUUAAACGAAAAGUUCUUUGCUAUAAGACCGUCUUCUACGAAAUUAGUAACAUUAUAUUUUGUUUAAUCAUGUGAUAUGCAAAAAAGAUUAUUUUAUUAUGUUAUGUUAUAGAAAGGUCACUUGGCUAGGGGCUGUCUAGCCUAUUGUCAAAGGAAUCGAUUGGCUGACCAAAAAUACAAACCAAUCACAGCUCUUGACGGAGGUUGGAUAUGAAAUCAGUAUUUUCUUUCAGAUGAGGGAUGAGUCUCGAAUAAUUUCCGCUUGGAUAAAAGCACUGUCAGUGGCGUAGGCUUUAACUGUCACAAUACGAUCUAAAAUUUUAAGUUCUGUCGUGUCAGCCUUUACAUAACGUGUUAAGUAAACAAGGAAUAAAGUGAACCCCGCAUUAUUGUAUGUAAACAUAAUGUUUUUCAUGUAACGUGCAUGUAAAUAUAUAAGUCGAAAUCAGAUGUAUCGAAUGUUACGUGAUACGGGUUGACAAUAUUUUGUAAGGAAAUGAUUAGUUUAGCUCAACACUAGCUUACAAGUACGUAUGUAGUAUUGAGUGACCGAUUCAAGGCCGUUUUCAGGUUACCUAAAUAAAUUAUCUCACGCAUGUCGUUUUUGUUUGAUAACAAAAUUAAGGGGCACGUGUGGACAACAAUAGCGUGUAAUGUAAUCGUUGUUUAUAAAGUAAUGUCGACCAAUAAAGGAGUACUUGUCGCUUUGGAUUCUAUAGCUUGCGAAUUAGUUUGUUGAGGUCAAUUCUAAUUUCCUUUCAUAAAAAAAUUACGCAAAAUGUUUUUAAGUAAUACUUAGGUAUACCUAAAGAAGUAGAUGUUUUUGAGACAAAAUCGUCGAAAUCGUUAUCAAAAUCUACUACUAAAGUGGCUUUACUUUCACAAUUCAAGGAAAAAGGCAAGCUCUAGAAGCAGCAAUGAUAUGCCUUCAGUAGUCCGAACCUAAUUUGAGCACGAUUUCCCUCAAAUUUGAGCAAUAAAGAAGCAACUUAUUUAUAUCAGGAACAAAGAAAAUAGAUAUCAACGCGACAAGUAUUCAAAUGUAACUUUUGUAGAUGUGUACCGUUAAUACAGAGGGCUAUUACCAAGUAGUAUUGCAUUUGUGGAAGGGAGAAGACGAGUCUUACAUUUAGAGCUCUGUCCCGCUUACACAAUUGCAAAAUAUAUUACUGGAAUACGUGGUGGUAUUCCCCCAGGGCUGUACUAGCGGUCCUCACCUACACAAGUCACAUGUGAAGUGGGUUAAGGCGGUAUCAAAAUUUGUAUGUAUAAUACGCGUUGUAUAUUUCCAAAAAGGAGUUUCUCUUGAUAGUUUGUACUCUGUUUUUAACAAAAAUAAAUAUCAUAAGGGCUGCAA